AUGGCGCCUCAAGUGGCCCAGCCGGCAGCCGCCGUACACAAUGGGCCAGCUCCCGACGACAGCAAUCCCGUUGGGCCCCCGUCUGGUCUCUCCUCGAUACCUACCCAGUACACCUCGGAGCAAACACUCAGGCAAAUGCUGAAGAGCAUUGGCUACGAUGAGGCGCGUGAGGACGGCUAUCGGCUGAAAGGCAUCCAGCUUAUCAACAGCGUUCGACAAAGCUUGCACCUACCAGUCAAGACCUUCGAUACAGCUGCCAUAUACUACCACAAAUUCCGCAUACGGUUUCCGAGUAACGAGUACAAUUACGAAGAUGUCGCCCUGUCAGCGCUUUUCGUGGCCUGCAAGGCCGAGGACACAGUCAAGAAGUCUAGGGAGAUUCUUUGUGCGGCACACAACCUCAGGCAGCCCCAUGACCGCAAGAUGCCAGACGACAAGAUAUUCGAGGGCCCGUCCCGGUUUACCGUGGGGCUAGAGCGUCACAUCCUCGAAACUAUUGGUUUCGAUUUUCGCGUUCAGUAUCCUCAGAAACUUUUGAUCAAGAUGGUCCGGGAAAUAUUCCCACGAGAGGAUUUCAACAAGGGGGGUGAGGGGAGAAGGUUCCUCCAGGCUGCGUACGACAUGUCUAUCGACCUGUACAAGACCUUCGCGCCCAUCAAGCAAACAACUUUCACAAUGGUGCUAGCAAUCCUGGAGCUGACGGCAUUAGUAUUGGAGACAAGCCCUGAGAAAACCGAGAGGUUGAAGACGGCGACCGCAUGGCACGCGGAGAGGGCAUGCGUACUCGAGACGAUGCUGGAUCUGUUGGAUCUGUACACACAAUUUCCUAAAUCCACCAAGAUCGGCAGCCAGUUUGAUCUUAAGAACUUGAUAAACGUCAAGAUUGACAUCAACGCCACCGUCACCCAGGAGAAGCAUCAGCGCUAUCACGGAUGGUGCGACCGGUGUGGCCCGGACGUGCUAGACACUCGAUCCCUCACACCUGGCUCAGCAAUAUCCCCGGCGACUAACAGUUCGCUGCCGGGGGGGAACUCGGUGAAGCGCAAGCGGGCAGCCAGCGAAGGGACACAGCGGUUCGUGUUUGAUGUCGAGGAGGCCCGCAGGGAAAAAAGCAUCGUGGCGAGGUACUUUACCGAUGAGUAUGAAGAGCACGAGAUCGAAGUUGAAGAGCCGAUCAAGGAACCGGAGCCCCGGCAGUCCAGCCGGAGCAAUCACCCCCACCGCAACCACAGUCACAACCACACCGAUUACGGUUGGUCGCCGUACCCUCGAAGUAGUAGGCACGGCCAUCACAAUGAUCGCCAUCGCAGUCGGCGGGGUCACGGCUAUUGAGUCAUGAUGGGCGGAUCUUCUGGGACGGUUUUUGUACCGUGCAGCCUUGCGGCAGGUAGAGAUACCCACCAGCGACUUGCUAGUACAUGGUUAGUCCCCAGAACAGCCUGUGUACGUUGGGGAUCUGUCCUCUUUGGCCCUGAACGCAGCGUUGCCCCUGAUCUGACGCGCUCUCAAGUCUAAUCCUGUGCACACAAAAUGCCGCAAUAUCCACCCUAUUCUUCGGGGUUAUUCGAAUCUGCCACGGUUCUCUACGUCAUUCCCCAGAAGAACACGGUGCUGCGUGGC